UCCUGUCCCCCCUCCCCGUUGCCAUGGAAACCGAAUAAAUAUUUGGUGCGGUCGCGGUCGCGUUGCUGCGGAAACGGCCCAAACUUCCCAAAACAGCGCAAAACAACCCAAAACCAGCGCGGGGGGAGGGGCAGCGGGGGGCGCCCCGGAGCACCCCCAGGGCGUGGUGAUGCUGUGACGUCAUCGCGGGGACCCCCUGACGUCACACACCCCCCCCCGGCCACGCCCCGGGGGCACCGCCCGGAGUGACACGGCGGAGGGACCCGAACCUGGACCGGGGGGAUCCGAACCGGAGCGGAAACGCCCGAACUGUCUGAGGGGAACCCGAACCGCUCCGGAAACACCCGAACCGGGAGGGUCCCGCGCUAAGGGGAACCGAACCCGGACCGGGGGUACCCGAACCGCUCCGGAAACACCCGAAUUGCUUGAGGGGACCCCGAACCGCCCGGCGGGAUCCGAACCGGGAGCAGCCGAACCGCCCCGGAGAAACCCGAACCGUCCAGAAACACCCGAACCGGGAGGGUUCCGCGCCAAGGGGAACCGAACUCGGACCGGGGGUACCCGAACCUGAGCGGAAACACCCGAACUGCCUGAGGGGACCCCGAACCAUCCCGGAAACACCCGAACCGGCGGCGUCCCGAACCUGAGCGGAAACACCCGAACUGUCUGAGGGGACCCCGAACCGCCCGGCGGGAUCCGAACCGGGAGCAGCCGAACCGCUCCGGAAACACCCGAACCGGGAGUGUCCCGCGCCAAGGGGAACCGAACUCGGACCGGGGGGGCCCGAACCGUCUCGAAAACCCCCGAACCAGGAGGGUCCCGCGCGAAGGGAACCGAACCGACCCGAGGGGACCCGAACGUGAACCCGAAGCGCUCCGGAGGGACCCGAAUCUCCCCGAGGGCGCUCGGAGAGAACCCGAACCGUUAGGAGCGGAACCGCCCCAGACACACCCGAACCCGGCCCGGAGCGGACCCGAAUCGGGAGCGUCCCGUCCGGAAGGACCCGAACCCAACCCAAAAAAAAGUCCCGAACUCCUCCGGAACAAGCCGAACCCACUCGGCCCCCGGGAUGCCCCCUCCGUGCCGCCCCCCGUCCCUUCUCCGCUGCAUCCAAGCCCUCAGCGCCCUGCUGGCCCUGGCCCUGGCAGCAGCCCCUGGCUACUGGCACCCCGGCGAGGGCGACGGCUGCUUGUCCGCCUGGGCUUUAUCCUUCGUCUUCACCCUCCUCCUCCUCCUCAACGACGCCUUCCGCCGCCCGCCGCCCCGCCGCGACCUCCCGCUGGUGCUGGCCACCGCCGCCGCCAUGGCUUGCGCCACCGCCACCGUCCUGUGGCCACUGGGCCACCUCCGAGGCAACGAGGGUGGCCACGGCCGCCCCCGCGCCCUCCGCGCCGCCGCCACCGCCGCCUCGGCCAUCGCCACCUUGGCCUACGCUGCCGAGGUCACCCGCGACCGGGCGCGACCCGGCGAGGCCGCCCCGUACCUGGCCACCCCCUCGGGGCUGCUCAAGGUGGUCGAAGCUUUCCUGGCUCUUCUCCUCCUCGGUUUAUCGGCCGAGCUGGGCGCGGCGUCCGGCCCGGCGGCGUUGCGUUGGUGUCUGGGCAUUUUCUGCGUGUCCUUCGUGCUGGGGGUGCUGCUGGUCGGGGGUUGCCUGCUGGGAUGGGGGUGGUGCGGGUGGAUGCGCGACCCCGAGGGGCUGCGCUGGGGGUUGGGGGUCUAUGCGGGGUUAGGGGUGGUGGCCUACGGGGCGGCCACGGUGCUGUGGGCGCUGUACAGCUUCUCGGACGACAUGGGGGGCCGCUCGCGGAGACCCUACGGCUGCUCGGCCACGUGUCCCUGGGACAGGGAGGUGCUGGUGGCCGUGCUCAGCGGGCUCAACCUGGUGGCGUUCGGGGUGGAUUUGGGGCAGACGGGCAGGUUGGUGCUGCUCAGGGCCUGAGGGGGCGC